GCGACGGCGCAUGUGGAGGCGCUGAGUGGGGAGAUGGAGAGGAGGUUGGCGGUGUCGCAGGCGGUCCAGGGGUCUUCGUCCUCGGCACCGGCGCCGGCCGCCACGGGAGCCCAGGAGUCGUCGCAGGUGGCCGUGGCCGUGCCGCCUCGGAAUCUGCCUCCGGCGUCGAGCAAGUCGACGGAGUUCCCCGCGCGGCCGGGGUACGGGACGGUUGGCAAGAGGUGCCGGGUGCGUGCCAACCAUCUCCUCGUGCAGGUCGCCGACAAGCUGGAGAUGUACCACUACGAUGUAUCAAUCAGUCCUGAAUCGAUGGCUCGUGAGCGUAACAGAUCCAUAAUUAAUGAACUUGUUAGAUUGCAUAAACAAUAUUUGGAUGGGAGAUUGCCUGCUUAUGAUGGAAGAAAGGGAAUGUUUACUGCAGCCCCGCUGCCAUUUAAAACCAAAGAAUUUCUUGUCAAAGUAUCAAAUCCCGAGAGAGGAUACCAGGGGGAAAAAGAGUAUAAGGUCACCAUAAAGGAAGUUGCAAAACUAGAUCUAUACAAUCUUCAGCAAUUCUUGGCUGGUAGGCAGAGAGAACUGCCGCAAGACACUCUCCAGGCUCUUGAUAUCGCUCUGAGGGAAACCCCCACUGCAAAGUUUACACCCAUCUCAAGAUCAUUUUUCUCAAAAUCAUUUGGACAUGAUGGUGACAUUGGCAGUGGAGUGGAAUGCUGGCGAGGGUAUUAUCAGAGCCUACGCCCCACACAGAUGGGAUUGUCACUGAAUAUUGAUAUUUCUGCAACAGCAUUUUACAAAGCUCAACCAGUUAUGAAUUUUGCACUGGAAUAUCUUAACAUCCGGGGUGAUGCUCCAAGGCGUUUGUUUGAUCAGGAUCGUCUGAAACUAAAGAAAGCCCUCAAGGGAGUCCGAGUUGUGGCCACGCAUCGACCUGAUAUAUCCAUUCGUUACAAAAUUACUGGGAUAACCUCAGCUCCGUUAAAUGAAUUGACAUUUGAUCUAGACGGAACAAGGGUAUCAGUUGUCCAGUACUUUAAACGACAAUAUGAUUACUCUUUGAAAUAUAUACAGUGGCCAUGCCUUCAGGCUGGCAGUGAUAGCAGGCCAACAUAUUUGCCAAUGGAGGUUUGCAACAUACUUGGAGGACAACGCUAUUCGAGAAAGCUAAAUGAGCGCCAAGUCACAAACAUAUUGAGGUUGGCAUGCGAGCGUCCAGAAAGAAGGGAGGGUAGUACCGUGGAGGUUAUUAAUAGAAACAACUAUGGCAUUGAUGACAAUGCAAAAGAAUUUGGAAUUAAGGUGAUGAGCCAACUAGCACUGGUCGAUGCUCGUGUGCUGCCUCCUCCAAGGCUUAAAUACCAUCAGUCUGGACGAGAACAAAUAUGUAAUCCGUCGGUAGGACAGUGGAACAUGAAUAACAAGAGAAUGAUCAGUGGAGGGUCCAUCAGGCACUGGGCCUGUAUUUCAUUUGGUUCUCGGUUGCAUUGGAAUGACGUUAGCGUGUUCUGCAACAAUUUGGUUGACACGUGCAAUAAAAUGGGCAUGCAAGUAAGUGAGACACCGUGUGUGGACAUUGUUCAGGCGCGCCAGGUUAACUUAGAAGCUGUAAAAAAUAUAUAUAGACAAUCUUCCCAAGUGCUUUCUCAGCAAGGUUUGGCAGGACAAAACCUUGAGUUACUAAUUGUAGUAUUACCUGAGGGAACUCCAAGUGAUUGCUAUGGAAGAGUAAAGCGACUUUGUGAAACUGAGCUUGGUUUAAUAACUCAGUGCUGUUUACCUAAGCAUGUUCAGAAAGCUGGCUCCCAGUAUCUACAAAAUAUGGCCCUUAAGAUCAAUGUUAAGGUCGGUGGUCGGAACACCGUACUGGAAAAUGCAUUGCUUCGGAGGAUACCUCUGUUGACAGAUAAGCCUACAAUUAUAUUUGGAGCAGAUGUGACCCACCCAUCACCUGGGGAGGAUGUGUCUCCAUCUAUUGCAGCGGUUGUUGCGUCGAUGGAUUGGCCUGAAGUGUCUAAGUACACAUGCUUGGUGUCUUCACAAGGUCAUAGGGAAGAGAUCAUAGCUGACCUUUUCACAGAAGUGAAAGAUCCACAGAAGGGGGUUAUAUAUGGUGGAAUGAUAAGAGAAUUGCUUUUGUCCUUCUAUAAAGCAAACAAUUCUUGCAAACCUGGAAGGAUAAUAUUUUAUCGAGAUGGUGUUAGCGAAGGCCAAUUUAGCCAGGUCUUGCUUUAUGAAAUGGAUGCAAUAUACAGGGCUUGUUCUAGCUUAGAGAACGGAUACCUUCCUCAAGUUACAUUUGUUGUGGUACAAAAGCGGCAUCACACACGGCUUUUCCCUGAAGAUCAUCGUUCAGGGGCCCUGGCAGAUCGAAGCGGAAACGUCCUACCUGGAACCGUUGUUGAUACAAAGAUAUGUCAUCCCAGUGAGUUUGAUUUUUACCUCUGUAGUCACGCCGGCAUUCAGGGCACGAGCCGUCCAACUCAUUAUCAUGUCCUCUUCGAUGACAAUAAUUUCACCGCGGAUGCGCUGCAAACACUGACUUACAACCUGUGCUACACUUAUGUACGGUGCACGCGAUCCGUCUCGAUUGUUCCUCCAGCAUACUACGCACACUUGGCAGCUUCGCGGGCGCGGCACUACCUGGAUGAGAAUCACUCUGAUCAGGGAUCAUCUUCUGUGGGCGGCACCCUAAGGCAUGAUCAAGCUGUCCCGGUAAAGCCACUGCCCAAAGUUAAGGAGAGUGUCAGGCAGUUCAUGUUCUAUUGCUGAAGACAGUUCUGGUAUUUUCUGGACAACAGUGGGCGGUUUUGCACCUUGGAACUUGCAAAUGUUAUAGGCCAAAACGUGCACUAUGAGGUCUUGUUUGAAAAUCUCUCUGAUGUGAUACAAUGUUGAAAAUUAAAUACCUUUUUUGAAC